AUGCGCGAACGGGGUGGCGGCGACUAUCGCCAUCACAAAGUGCGCGCACCCCCGUCCUUCUCCCCGCUGCUUCCUCUCCGUCUCCCCCCUGCUCUCCCUCCUCCUCCCUGCUUCCCCUCCGUCCCCCCCCUGCUUCCCCUCCGUCUCCCCCCUACUUCCCCUCCGUCUCCCCCUCGCUUCCCCUCCUUCCCCCCCCCUGCUUCCCCUUCGUCUCCCCCUUGCUUCCCCUCCUUCUCCUCCCUGCUUCCCUUCCGUCUCCCCCCUGCUUCCCCUCUGUCUCCCCCCUGCUUCCCCUCCGUCUCCCCCCUGCUUCCCCUCCUUCUCCCCCCUACUUCCCCUCCUUCUCCCCCCUGCUUCCCCCCCUUCUCCCCCCUGCUUCCCCUCCGUCUCCCCACUGCUUCCCCUCCUUCUCCCCCCUGCUUCCCCUCAUUCUCCCCACUGCUUCCCUCCCUUCUCUCCCCUGCUCCCCUCCUUCUCCCCCCUGCUUCCCCUCCUUCUCCCCCCUUCUCCCUUCCUUCUCCCCCCUACUUCCCCCCCUUCUCCCCCCUGCUCCCCUCCUUUUCCCCCCUGCUUCCCUUCCUCCUCCCCCCUACUCCGCUCCUUCUCCCCCCUGCUUCCCCACCUCCUCCUCCCUGCUCCCCUCCUUCUCCCCCUGCUCCCCUCCUUCUCCCCCCUGCUUCCCAUCUUUUGCUCGAACACUCGCGUAAUGCACAAAUGGCCCGGCCGCCCUCCAUGGCGCCCCCCUCUCCCCUCGCUCCUCUCUAUCCAUCCCCGCUUUAG